AUGGCGUCUGUCACAACCGACUAUAUCAGCGUGGGAGGAAACCGGCACCCCGGGGCUGCCGAUUGGGAUGUCCAGUCGGGUGUGCUUGCCUUUGGUGCGGACAACAAUGUCGCCUUGUGGGAGCCUCUGGAUGACUCACACAAGGGUGUGUAUGCCCUCCUCGUGGGCCAUUCCGACAAAGUCAGCGUCGUUAGAUUUUACACCUGCCCCGCCUCGGGGGCGAAGUUCCUCCUCACCGGCUCCGUCGAUCGUACAAUUAAAGUAUGGAAACAAGAAGAGAGUGACUCGCGCAACUUCAAACAAGUUGCGUCCCUUGAGGGGCAUGAAGGAAGCGUGAAUGCGAUUGCCGUGGCCGACGGAACGGAUAUCGUCGCAACUGGUGCUGCAGAUGGAACGGUUCGAAUUUGGAGAAUCAAUGCGCAAGAUGGAUUGAAGUCUGAAUUGGUGGAAACAAUCGAAAUGAAACCUCGAUUCUUCCCGCUUACGCUUGCUCUGCGGGUACUCGAGGCAGGUAAUGGCAAGCCCUUGGUGCUGGCAGUCGCAGGAACUACCACGAGCGUGCAGAUCUACUCUGCGGAAUCGUCUAUUGAAGCGCCAAAAUUUCAACGUCGGGCUGCUCUUUCGGGCCACGAGGCUUGGAUUCGGUCGCUCUCGUUCACGCAAGAUAAGCAGGGCAAGACCAAUGAUCUUUUGCUUGCCUCUGCUAGUCAAGACAAGUACAUUCGUCUGUGGCGACUAUGUCAGGGUGAAGCAGAAGUCUCUGCUACGGUUGAUGAAGAUGAUCCUCUCUUGGGUGGAAUGGAGCCUACUCUAUCUAACAAGGCCCAUGAGUUUGAAGCUGCUGGCUCAAAGUACUCGAUCACUUUCGAGGCUCUUCUGUUCGGCAAUGAAGACUGGAUAUACACUACAGCAUGGAACCCCGAUCCAGCGCGAUCACAGCUGCUGACUGCAUCAGCCGAUAACACCAUCACCAUCUGGGAACAAGACCCAGUAUCCGGAGUCUGGGUGUCAGGGGAGAGAAUGGGAGAAAUUAGUACUCAGAAAGGUUCGACCACUGCGACUGGCAGUGCUGGUGGCUUCUGGAUUGGUCUUUGGUCGCCAGAUGGCAAGCAGGUGGUAAGCCUUGGCCGCACAGGUAGCUGGAGAGUCUGGCAGUAUGAUUCCGAAGGAGACAUCUGGGCUCAAAAGUUCGGCAUCUCAGGCCAUGUGCGGUCAGCGAAUGGCGCGCAAUGGGAGCCCAGUGGUGGCUAUCUACUUUCCACUAGCGCCGAUCAAACUACACGUCUUCAUGCUCAAUGGCUGCGAGACAACAAGAGCUCAUGGCAUGAGUUCUCUCGCCCUCAGAUUCACGGAUAUGACUUGAACUGCAUUGACACAUUAGGACCUGCACAGUUUGUAUCUGGUGCAGAUGAGAAGCUUCUGCGUGUCUUCAAUGAGCCCAAACAGAUCGCAGAGCUUCUAGAGAAGCUGACUGGCUUCCAACAAACCAUUAAGAGUGAUAUGCCAGACACGGCUGAGAUUCCAGUUUUGGGUCUUUCAAACAAGGCUCAAGGAGAUGAAGCCCCCGUCGAAGAAAAUGAGAACUUCAACGGAGCAACGCCAUCUGCUCCUGCUACCGCUUUGCUUACCGACUCCCCACCACUUGAAGACCAACUAUCUCGAUAUACCCUGUGGCCCGAGCACGAGAAGCUCUACGGCCACGGCUAUGAAAUAUCCGCCGUUGCCGUGAGCCACGACCGCUCGCUCAUUGCUACUGCUUGCAAGGCCAGCUCCGUCGACCACGCAGUGAUCCGUUUGUACGAUACAUCAGACUGGCAUGAGAUCAAGCCAUCUCUCACAGCACACUCCCUAACAAUCACCGACCUGUCAUUCUCCGAUGACGACAAGUUCCUCCUUAGUGUGGGCCGAGACCGCCAAUGGGCCGUCUUCGCAAGAGAUGAACAGGACCCAACCACAUUCACCAGCUGGACGACAAACCCGAAGGGUCACUCUCGAAUGAUCCUAGGUGCAGCGUGGGCCCCAACAACCGCCGAACGCAUCUUCGUCACAGCCGGCCGUGACAAAUCCGUCAAGAUCUGGCAAAAGACCGAAGACGCAUUUACCUGCAAGACUACCAUCGCUUUGACAUCUGCAGUGUCGGCAGUUGCAUUCUUCCCUACCCCUUAUAAAAACAACUUCAUCCUGGCUGCAGGAGAAGAUACCGGUGCCGUGUCUAUUCACAGCAUUGCUGCUGAUAGCCUCGAGGCACAACACAUUGUGACCAUCGACCGGCUUAUUGCCCCGUCGAAGACAAUCACCCAAUUAUCAUGGAGGCCUGUGCCAGUCGCCGAUGUGGAUAGCAGGACUCACUUUGAACUUGCAGUGGCUAGCGAAGAUACCUCCACUCGCAUAUACGCCAUCUCUAACAUACUCUCAUGA